UGGUCAGAACUUCCUUUUUUUGUCAAUUGCCAAUGUGAACAUUCACAAAGAGGAGAAACAGAGAUUCAUUGUCAAAGGAGUUGAGAUCUCGCUGUCAUUCAGAAGAUGCAGGGUGACCCUGUGUACGACUAUCCUGACUCUCGGCCCGUGGGGGACCGACGGGCUUGUCCACAGAGAGGAUCCCAGAGGAGCAUCAGUGUACUGGACCGGCUCUUGCUGACGCACCCUGUGUGGCUCCAGCUCUCGGGUAACUCGGCUACAGCUCUACACAUCCUGCGGCGUGAGCCACCCGGGACGUUCCUGGUGCGCAAGUCCAGUACAUCACAGAAAAAAAUGCUGUGUGUCCGGCUGGCGGAUGACAGCACGCCGUCCUUCAUUAAACAGGUUGUCAUUCGAGAAGAGGACUCGGCCUUCUCUUUAGAAAGCUCAGCUAUCAGUUUCCCAGAUCUGUGCAGACUCGUUGCCUUCUACUGUGUCAGUCGGGAUGUGCUUCCUUUCACUCUGGAGCUGCCUGAAGCAAUAGCCAAGUCUUCCUCACACAAACAGUUGGAGUCAAUCUCUCAUAUGGGUGUGGAGUUCUGGAGUUCUCACUUAAAUGUCCGAGGUCCUCGUAAUGAACCUCCUGCCGCUGACAAACUCUUGCCCCCAACUCCAAGCCCAGAAGACUGCUCAGCGCCCAUCAACCUAAACCCCACCCCAUUCCAGGAGCUUUGCCCAAUCCAAACACGGAGUCCCUGUGAGCUGAAUUACGGGGGAGGCAAAGGUUUAUGCUUCGUCAACCCCCUCUUCCUACAAGACUACCCUGGUCGCAACGCCAUGCGAAGACGUCAUCAUUUCAAAACCAGCAUAAAGGUUCGAGUCUCCACUGAAAAUUCCAGCCCCCUGUCACCACCUGUCAUCCCACCACCUCCACCACCGUUACUGGCUAAAGCCAAAUGCAAAGCAAGAUUAAAAGCUUUAAAAAAGACGACCCCACCUGUUGCAGUUCAGGCUGGUGAGGAAGCUAUCAAGAAGACUGAGCAGGAAGACACAGACUAUAUGCAACCUUGUGUAGUGUCUCAGAAGAAGACCAUGGUCACCCCUACUCUUUCACCCACUGCUGAAGAAGACGACUAUCAGAUGCCCAAGGCUCUUCAGAAGAUGAAAAUCCUGGAGCAGAAAGGACAGGAAGAAGAAGAGGAUGAGGAGGAAGAGCUUGUUCUGGAACAGCGACACGCACCGUCCCUUAGUGAGCUGGACAGCAGCAGUUCGCUUAGCAGCCUCGACGAGACUGAGGAGAGUCCCGAGCGUCCUCCCCUCAUGCGAGGAACUAGCAACCCGGUUAUGUCGCCUCCCAGGAAGUCCAUGUCCGCCCUGCGCAAGAUGAGCGCCGCCUUCAUAUCCUUUUUCGCCCCAGAGAAGCGAGUGGCGCGGAUGGUGGAGGACCUGUCUCGUGAUCGCCGCAUGGCGUUUGGCGCUCUGGUUCAGGACUUCCUGCGGCAGCAGAGAGAGGCACUGAAGCCCCAGUGCUUGACCUCUCCUGUACAGCUGCUGCAGGAUUUGCGCCUCUUCAUCAGUCAGGCCAAAGCGUUUCUUCUGGAGUGUGGAGAGCUUGAACCUCCAAUAGAAACUCUUCUGACUGAGAACGAGAAAGACCAAGCGCUGGAGAAAGCCAUGUUCCGCUGUGUGCUGAAGCCUCUGAAGCCUCAGAUUGAUGCGGCUCUUCGGACCCUGCACAAACAAGAUGGUUCCUUCCAGAGAAUGACGGACAACUUGCAAAGAGCCAAAGGAGCCUCACCGCAGAAGCUCUUUGGGGUUCAGGUGGGCGUUCCUGACGCCCAGGGCAUUGAGAAAAUUAAGCACAAGUUGACUCUAAUGCAGCGGGCUUACUCACCCAUUGACAAAGUGCUGCUACUCCUGCAGAUCUGCAAACUCAUUUACAAAGCCAUGAAAAACAAAUCAGGUCAGGAAUUUGGAGCAGAUGACUUCCUGCCCGCUCUAUCCUAUGUGAUGGUCCUGUGCAAUAUGCCAGAGAUCUCUCUGGAGGUGGAGUAUAUGAUGGAACUUUUGGAAAGCUCUUGGCUUACAGGAGAAGGGGGGUACUAUCUGACAAGUCUCUAUGCCAGUCUGAGUCUGAUUCAGAGUCAGCCAGAGGAUGUGCCACCCAACGGCCUCACAAACCAGGCCAGAGAGUCUCUGAAAGAAUGGAGUCGGCGUCGGAGCAACGAAACCACAAAUCAGAAAGACAACAAAUUGCCCCAGAGAUUUAUAAAGGUGCUGUUUCAAGAUGAUGACCGUAGCAUAGUGAAAACUCUAAUGUGGAAGACUGCGCUCGACGGUGAGGCUAUGGCUCAGCUCUGUGCUUUGAAGUUUGGGGUGGACCGGCCGGAGGAUUACAGCCUGUACUGGAGGAAAGACGGGGAGUUAACACCUCUCCCGUCCAACACCCAGGUUCAAGACCUGCAGAGCAUGGGCGCGAGUGGGGUUCCCCUUAUUUACCAGGUGUCCAAUCAGGCUGAAAGUUCCCAGAAGCUGAACAGAGGGGGCGCAGUCGAUCUCACAGAGGAGGCUUCAUAAUAUAGGGCUUUUUUUGAAUGCUACAAGUAGGUCAUAGCAAAUUCUGUAUUUUAUACAGCAUGCCUGGUUUCUCACAUAAAAGCUGAUAUAAUAAUAAUAAUAUGCUUGUAACGGAGCUCAAAAAUGAUUUAAGCUGUAUUUCCACUGAAUUAAUUUAAUGUUGACUGCAAGAUUACACUCUUAGA